CUGUUCCCCAAGUAGGGCCCCCCCUCCCCCGCCGCCCGCGCACCUGCGUGGGCCGGGGGCGCAGUCUCCACAGGUCGGCCCUGCAGCGGUGGCCACACUCGGUGUAGCAUCCCUGUCCCUGUCCCCGGCCCCUGCCCGGUAGUCCCGCCGCCGGAGCGGUGACCGCCUGGCCCGCCGUUCCUCCGCUGCCACCGCUGCCGGCACCAUGGGCAGUGAGCAGAGCUCCGAGGUCGAGAGCCGACCCAACGAUCUGAACUCCUCAGUGACCCCUUCUCCAGCAAAGCAUAGAGCCAAGAUGGACGAUAUUGUGGUUGUAGCUCCAGGCUCCCAGCCUUCACGGAAUGUCAGCAACGAUCCCGAUGUCAUCAAGUUGCAAGAGAUUCCAACCUUCCAGCCGCUUUUGAAAGGGCUAUUGAGUGGCCAGACUUCCCCAACAAAUACCAAGUUGGAGAAACUGGAUUCUCAGCAGGUGUUACAGCUCUGCCUCCGAUAUCAGGAUCAUCUUCAUCAGUGUGCAGAGGCCGUUGCCUUUGAUCAGAAUGCUUUGGUUAAACGAAUCAAAGAGAUGGAUUUGUCUGUGGAGACGCUCUUCAGCUUCAUGCAGGAGCGCCAGAAGAGAUACGCCAAAUACGCAGAGCAGAUCCAGAAAGUCAACGAGAUGUCAGCCAUCCUCCGCCGCAUCCAGAUGGGCAUUGACCAGACGGUGCCCCUGAUGGAGCGGCUCAACAGCUUGCUGCCGGAGAGCGAACGCUUGGAACCCUUCAGCAUGAAACCAGAGAGGGAGCUCAAGCUCUAGGGCUGCCACUCCCCUCCGGCCGGCUGGGCGCUUGCUCUCUGGUGACAGAGCCAGUCACUGCCCCUGGGGCCCGAGGCCCAGGAGCUGACUGGAUCCUAAAGCCGCGUGGAGGCUCUGGGACUCUGGGAAGGGGUGUGUAGCGGUCAGGCUGGCCUGAAAAUCUGAUCCUGCACCACCUACCCCUUUCCUUGAUGCGUUUUUCCCCUUGGCAAAACGAACCAAACUCAUUCUCGGUGCUAACCGAAUUUGGAGUAUCUGAAUUAUUAGAAAUUUCUUGCAGAACUCUAUGUCGGGAAUUUUUUAUUUUGUUUAGAUUUUCUUUUUUUUAAUUGAGAGUGUAUAUUGUCAAGUCUAGCUUGCAGAGUGAAAAUAUGGAGAGAAGGGGAGAAAUGGUUUAAGAAGCUCUGUGUCCUCAAGGCCUUCAUGAAAUUUUACUCAGUAGGCUUUCUGGGUUAUGAAUUGUAAACAUAAAGAACUAAUUUAAUCCAA